AUGAAUGAAGUUGGAAUUUAUGAGGAUAGUAAAAUAAGUGAUUCUAGUACAUCACAAGUAGCUGUUGGGUCUUUUGCAGACCGAUGGAAAUUUUUUGAAGAGACUAGCAAGUCUGCACAGUCCAAACCUGCUCCAAAACCAACUCCCCCUAUAUUUACAGAAGAAAAUAAUGAAACAUACUAUGCUAAGGAUUAUGAAAAUGUACCAAAAGAAUCUUGGCUUGAGAAAAGGUCUCGUGCUGCUUCUCUGGGAGCUGAAAAAAUAAUUGAUAGGGAUAGGAACCCUAAUGAUCACCAUCACGGGGAUAGUUCUAGAAGUUUUGAUACUGUACAACAGCCUCAGAGGUUAGGGACUUUUGCAGAAUAUCAGGCAUCAUGGAAAGAACAGAAAAAGCCCCUAGAAAGGAAAAAUUCAGGACGAUGUCAUUCUGCUGACAAUAUUCUCGAUGCUGGUCUUGACCAAAAUGAAAGAUCUCAAUAUGUCCACGAGAGAUCCAGAUCAUCUCCUACAACAGAUUUCUACGCACAUGGAGCAAUUGUCGAUUCAAAGAAGCAGACAGCCGGCGAGAGGGAAAAUUCUGAGGACGCUCGUUUGUCACACUGCAGCAGUAGCAGAGGGAGCUCUUCAGUAAGG